AUGGCAAAGCUCCCAAAGCGUGUACUCGGCUCAACCGGAUUGCAAGUAUCAGUGCUCGGCUUUGGCGCGUCGCCGCUGGGCAGCGUGUUUGAGGACAUCAACGAAGCAGAGGGCAUCGCGUCUGUUCACGAGGCGUUCCGCCUGGGCAUCAAUUUCUUCGACACCUCCCCUUUUUACGGCGCCACAAAGUCUGAGACGGUCCUGGGCAAGGCUCUGAAGGAUCUGCCCAGGGACGAGAUUGUGGUGGCCAGCAAGGUCGGCCGCUACGGCCCCGAGCUCUUUGACUUCAGCGCGGAGCGCGUGACGGCCAGCGUGACAGAGAGCCUGGCGCGGCUGCAGGUGCCCUACAUCGACCUCAUCCAGUGCCACGACAUUGAAUUCGGGGACCUAGACCAGAUCGUCAACGAGACGCUGCCGGCCCUGGCCGCCCUCAAGGCCCGCGGCCUCGUGCGCUUCGUCGGCAUCACGGGCCUGCCCCUGGGAAUAUUCCCCUACGUCCUCGACAGGGCGCCCCCCGGCUCUGUCGACGUCGCCCUUCAAAGGGUGUGGGCGUGA